CAUUGAAAGUCCUAGGAUAAGGGGGAAGAGAGUUACUCCAAUCUCUAGUUGAAAUUGCACUUGCACUUUUCUGUUUCUACUACAUUACUUGUGUCUUCUUCAUUGUUGACUAGUUUAGUUACCACAUGUUCUUGGAACUGAGAAGCCACGCUGAUUAGAUCCAAGUUGAAGUCUUUGGAGAUACCCAUUACUCCAAUAAUACACACAUUGCCAUGGGUGGUCUCAGUCUGAGAGAAUCAUGGUGUUUCUGCAAAGGGGUGAGCAAGUCUGAAAGAAUGAAAGUUGCUAUUUUCUCAGGAAAAGGCCAAGCCAUGGCCACAAUCACCAACACUGCAACUUCCAAUGGCGUUUCUGGCACUGGAUUUUUGAUCCACCGGAACCUUCUCUUGACCACUCAUGCUAAUCUUCCCUCGGUGGUUGCCGCCGACAGCUCCGAGAUCCGCCUGCACAACGGUGUGGCUGCAACUCUUGUUCCUCAGAGGUUUUUCAUUACUAGUUCUGUAUUAGAUCUUACAAUUGUGGGCUUAGAUGAUGCGGAUGGAGACUCAAAUGCACAGGGUCAGUGCCCUCACUACUUGAAGACCAGUUGUAAAACCAAUCUGGAUCUGGGAAGUGUAGUUUAUCUUUUAGGCUACACUGAGAAACAGGAGCUCACUGUUGGUGAAGGAAAGGUGGUCAUUGCCACUGACAAUCUCAUAAAAUUGUCGACUGAUGGAGUUCAAUGGAAUCCAGGUUCUGCAGGUUUUGAUGUGCAUGGCAAUCUAGCUUUUAUGAUCUGUGAUCCUAUGAAAUUAGCCACAUCACCAAAUACCAAAUCACCUUCAACAUCUUCAUCUUCAUCCUCCUCUUGGAAGAAGGAUCUCCCUAUGCAAUUUGGCAUACCAAUUCCUGUUAUAUGUGAUUGGUUAAACCAGCAUUGGGAAGGCAACCUUGAUGAGCUUAACAAGCCAAAGUUACCGCUCAUGCGGUUGAUGUCUACCGGCCCAAAGAGUGAGCAUUCCUGUGCUUCCUUCACAAUGCGGCAAGUUUUCAAGUCAAAUGAGGGUGAUGAUGAUGGCACCCCAUCUUCAUCAAACAAUGCCUCAAAAUCGAGGGAACAAAGACCAAGCUCUUCAGCUGUUACCAACACUGUUGAAGAAGAAAGUGUGAUCACCAAUCCCAAUGCUGCACAUAUUCAAGGAAUUCCCACUCCAGAAAUAUACGAAUCACCUAGAGUAACUGCUGUGCCACUCAGAAGGAAAGAAAACACGCAAAUACAGCUUUUGGACAUUAAUUUUCCGCCAAGGAUUGUCAAACCUGCAGUUUUGCCACAAGAACCAUCCAAAGAAGUGCAUCCGAAGUUUGCUGAAAAUUCUGCCACAGAACCUUUGCCUGAAACCCAGUUAAAGGGAGGACAAAACCAGGACAGAAGGCCAACAACUCCUAUUGCAGAAGUUUCCUCAACAGGUUCUGUUAAUGGAGCACAAAGUGAGGUUCAGUCUAGUUCAUCUCCUGUGGAAGUACCCGAAAUGCAAAAUGGAUACAGCAGUGAAGGAGAGACUAUGUACUCUGCAGAAACUGCAGAGAGCCGCAAUUAUACAAGCCCCAGAGAGUUGAAGUUUCAACAAGUAGGAAGGAGCCAGAGUUGUGUUAGUCACAACAGAUGGGGUGCUACACCAAGAAGCCAAGUUGCUCGCGGUAUGAUGGUGGAAAAUCAGAGGAGCUUCAUGCAUGUGAAGAGGAUGUACUCACAAGGAGCAACUUCUCAGAGAAGCAAUGACUAUUUCAGCCCCACUGUUUCCUCAAUCAUGAAACGUAACAGCUCAGAAAACCCAACCAGACCCAGGCAAACUGCUGUUCAUUCUCCUUCACCAAGAUGGAUGUUUUGA